UUGGCCCUCUGCACCUUAUCUCCGUGAUACAGGCGCGUAACCGCGUUGCGCUCUCCAUGGUAUCUCCAAAAACAAGCCGACGCACGGUGAGGACCACAGAAGACGCGUUUGUACUCCAGUUAUGCGGGCGGACAACAGAAGGCCAAAGUCUUUCUGUUCACAGAGAAGACAAAAGGAUGACAUAUGAUCACCUGCGCCAAUUGUUGGUGCUCUCUCUGUUAUUCUGCAUUCAGACAGCUUCCAUCGUCCAGGGCGCACAGGAUUUAGAAAGGAAAGCCUCCAUGCUGCUGCGUGAGGAGCCAGAAAACCCAAAGUGCUUUGCUGAAGGCAGAAAGGACUUCACCUGCUUCUGGGAAGAGGAUGAGGAGACGACGGGCUCUGUGGAUCAGUACUCCUUCACAUACACCUACCAAAAUGAAAACAGCAGCAAGUGUCCGCUGAGGGCCCUGCACACAGCAGACGGUAAGAGGCUGUACGUCUGCCAUCUGAACCGAACACAGAUGUUUGUCCAAAUGGACAUCCAAGUUCAUCGACAAGGACUACUGAUCCACAACCGCAGCCUCCUCAUUGAGCUUGUCUUUCUGCUCAACCCUCCUGCCAAUGUGACAGUGAGCAACAACGGUGAGCAGGGUCAGCUGAGGGUGAGCUGGGUGCCUCCUCCUCUCAAGUACAUGGAUGACAGCAUGAUGUACGAGGUCAGCUACGCUCCAGCAGACAGCCAGACGGAGCAGGUGGAGGUGGUCCGAGCCAGUUCAGAGCUGAUCCUGAGGGGCCUGCAGCCGGGCACGCAGUACAGUGUGCGAGUGCGUGUAAAGCUGGAUGGGAUUAGCUACAACGGCUACUGGAGUGCCUGGAGUGACCCAGUGCUCACCAACACACUGCCUGCAGACCUCGACCCUCUUAUUGUGUCUUUGAGCCUCAUCAUCUCCCUCAUCCUCAUUGUGCUGUCACUCACUGUGCUUCUGUCCCAUCGCAGUUUUCUUAUAAAAAAGAUUUGGCCUGCCAUUCCAAACCCGGAGAGCAAGUUCCAAGGUCUCUUUACUGUUUAUGGUGGGGACUUUCAGGAGUGGUUGGGCCAGACCAAUGGAGGCCUGUGGCUGACUCCAGUUUUCUUCUACCCUGAGGAGAGUCCUUCCCCUCUGGAGGUCCUCUCAGAGCUCAGCCUGAGCCCCUCACUGCCCUCCCCUGCUCUGCCAUCCAAGGCCUCCAGGGUCUUAGCCACAGACAGAGACGAGCAGGAGGAGGAGGGAGGGCUGGACGAGGAGAAGAGGCUGGGGCAGGUCGAUUCAGCGUUGAUGGGACAGUGGCGAGGCAUGCCUCAUGACCAGUGGCUGAUGGAUCAAUUACAGACACUCCACCGGCAGCCUGCCCCCUGCUCUCAGUCCUCGCUACUAGAGUCCCAAGAUGCCUACGUCACCCUCAAUGCCAACAACCACAGUGGGGAUGAGCACCUGGAUGAUAUUCUUGAGGAGACUGCACCGCUGGAGGUGCUUUUUGCCUCCAUGAGGAACGUAUCAUCCGAAUCGCACUCUGACAUGGGCUCUUUACAGCAGAGCUCCGGCUCGGGUCGCCUUUCGUCCGAGUCCAGCUUUGAGUACCCAAACCACACGUGGCCACCCAAAGGCCAUGGGUACACUUACAUGGUGGUGGCCGACUCUGGGGUCUCUAUGGAUUACAGCCCCAUGAGCUCCAGCCGGGUGGACGACAUUGGGAAAGUGGUUAUCUAUGCGAACGAGUACAAAAAUGAGAUCCCUGCCCACAGAAGACCCUUACUGACAAGGCAGCGCCCUGUUCAUGAUGACUGCUGACCGGGAGCUAGGCUGAGCAAUGGGCCACACACUGACUAAGGCUUGAAACGGGCUCUGAAACAAUGAAGAAAGUUUGCGUCUUCAAAGCUACAUAGCCUCUCAUUGACGAGUGUAAAAAGGAUCGAGUCUGAUUGAGGCAGCCUGACACCAAAAUGUAAGCUAAAAAGGCCCUGAGACACACAGGAAGGAGAGUCUGCUGGAUAUGGAUUCACCUUUUCUCCACUGGAUUACAAAAAAUCCCCCAUCUGUACUGGACAAUAUAGUUAUAUGUAAAUGGCAGCUGUGAUUUACACUGGAAACACUGAUAAUGUGACACCAAAUGUCUCCAUAUGAAUUCAUUUGUAUGUUGUUAGUCCUGUAGGUCAAUACAUGAGUUUUUCUAUCUUUGCUGGAAUGCAAGUCUUAAGUAUUUGAGUAGUGACUCACUGAUAUCUGAGCUGUGUACUCAUUAUAUUGACAGUGAAAUGACACACUGACUGUCAGCAGUGAUAUGAGGAUAUUUUAAGUCACUGGAUGAGCAGUUAACAAACUUGAGUUUUACACCCAGAAAAGCAGGGCCCUGAACAAAAAGUACUUUAGGUCUUAACUAAAUCUUAACAUCUGAUUUGCCUUAAAAUCACCCUCAAAUUUAAUCUCACAGCCUUUACUUGAACACAGUUGAGUCAGCCAUUGUGUCAUUUUCCAAAUACUAAUAAAACUCAUUGCAUUUGUAAAUACUUUGUGAUUUUUGUCUAUUGUGUAUUGCAGUAAUUUCAGGGAGUGAUCAAAUCGCCGAGUUGUGACCAUUUCCUCAACAUCAACUUCCUGCAUAAAUGAAAAAAGAGCUACUGUAGGCUGUGCAGGGAAGCAUUAAGGCAAUGUUCAAAUCUGGUGAUUUUGGUUGCAGCUCUUUCUUGUCUUGUUUGAUCCAAAUGAAUCCUGAAUAUUGAUUGCAGUAUUCGAAGGAUUGUUUGCUGCCCUGUGUUUUUAAUCAUUGCAAUCUUCAGAGGACUAUAGGUAUGUGUAAACCUAACAAUGUUCAUCCUUGUAAAUUAAUUUUAUUAUCAAUUGUAAGAUAAGUGUUUAUGACUUUAAAUAACUUAAAGCUGCAUUCACCAAGACUGAAAUGUGGACUAUAAAGAAUCAACCGUGAUAGUUAUGUCAAACAUGGAUAUAUUUUGCCAGAUCUGCAGACUGAGUGAUGAAAUAUGAACCAUGUGGACUCGCCACUAAGUUAUGUUGAUAUUAAACUUAGUUAUAUUGUGGCUGGUUCCACAUUCCAGUCUGAAUGUUGCUUUGAAGUUUCUUCCCCCCAGCUACAAGGAGUAGGUAUUACUUUGUCACUCAGAUGUCUCCUUUUUAAAAUGCAUACUUUUGAUUAUCUUCCCUUUAGUUUAGUUAAAAAUGUUUUUUUUUUCUAUUUCUUUGAUUUGCAGCAAUAAUUGAAAUAAUCACAGUUCUUCAUAAUGAGGUCAUUAUGCAAUCAUUGUUUUCUCUCUUUUACUGUGAUUUUACUGUGAUACCGGCAAAAGAAGCUUGGUGUCUCACAUAGAUAAUUGAUCCAGUAUUCUAAAUCAAGGUUGUAAAAUUUUGCAGUGUCAACUUUUAUAUUGUCAGUGUAAAUUUUCAUUGAUAUGUUUGUAAAACCUUGUCAUAUACAUUUUUCACUCAUUAAAC